AUGGGGAUUACUCUUCUUUUAUUCUUGCUCUGCAUCAGCAGAGCCGCCUCGGAGAAUAUUGACGAGAUGCUAAGAAAACAUGAAAGUGAAGUAAAAGAAGUACUCGAGUCGCCCGAAAACAAAAAAGAAGAAUUAAGAGAAAAUGCUCCUGAUGAUCUAACGGAAAAUACUACGAAGCAACCAAAAACAACUGGAAGUACAACGAAAAAACCAAAGGCAAGCUCCGAUUGUGAGGAUGAUGAACGUUUCUGUCCCCAAUUGCGAGGGCUGAAUGGCUUCUGCGAAGACAACCAUUAUUCAGAACGCUUAAAAAAAAGAGUAUGCAAAAAAUCAUAUCUAGUGGAGAGCCUAAUGUUUAACAAUAUUCUCGAGGCUCGGUCAUGUUCACAACUUUCCAAACAAAUUUCUUUGUCCUACCUAUAUAUCGAAGACGACGAACGAAGUGGACGCCAUGUUGCUUCUGAUAAUGACGGUUUAAAAACACUGGUGGAAACUGAUCUCAAUCCGAGUGUUGAGGAUUUAGCAAGCACUCUUCAGGCUACUCGUUCAACACUCCAAAGGCUUUUGUACAUAUCGGUGAAAUGGCUUUUACUUAUCGUGCAGUAUUGUUGUCCUAACAAUGGAAUGCCAGAGGAAGCACGGCAAAAAUUCCUUGAAUUGCACAAUUCGUUGAGAAGUUCGGUUGCAUUGGGACAGGCCAAGGAUGGAGCUGGUGGAAGGGCCCCAAAAGCUGCUAAGAUGAAGAAGAUGGCAUACGAUUGCGAAGUUGAAAAGACUGCAAUGAAUAACGCGAAACAAUGUGUAUUCAAGCACUCGCAACCUAACCAAAGGAAAGGAUUGGGAGAGAAUAUAUUUAUGUCUUCGAAUAGCGGUAUGGACAAAGCAAAAGCUGCUGAGCAGGCUAGCAAAGCUUGGUUCGGCGAACUUGCAGAGCAGGGAGUUGGACGGAAUCUUAAGCUUACAGGAGGCUUGUUCAGCAGAGGAGUCGGACACUAUACACAGAUGGUAUGGCAAGAAACCGUUAAGCUUGGAUGUUAUGUGCAAACGUGCCCAAAAAUGUGUUAUGUGGUGUGCCAGUACGGUCCUGCUGGAAAUAUGAUGGGCAAGGAUAUCUACGAGAAAGGAGAACCGUGUUCGAAAUGUGAGAAUUGCGACAAGGAGAAGGGACUCUGCAGUGCUUGA